GUAAACAUCUCGCAGAUUCUCGCGUAUUACGUCCAACUACGAGAUACUUUCGUGAACUUCGACCUUUUUCGGCCGCAGUUCUUAUUGGUCCAAGAUGGCGGUGUUUAGCGCUGGAGCCAAGAUCAUGAAGCCAUCAGGCGAGAAAGCUGACGAAUUUGAACUCUCCAUCUCACAGGCCCUUUUGGAAUUGGAGAUCAACUCCGAGCUCAAGAGUCAACUGAAGGAGCUCUUCAUCACAGGGGCAAAGGAAAUCGACGUAGGUGGGAACAAGAAGGCAGCUGUCAUCUUCGUGCCUGUUCCACAGCUCAGGGGCUUCCAGAGAGUCCAGAGCAGACUGGUCCGAGAACUGGAGAAGAAAUUCAGCGGCAAGCAUGUCGUCUUCGUUGCUCAGAGACGCAUCCUCCCCAAGCCCACACGCAAAUCCCGAACGAAGAACACCCAGAAGCGCCCUCGCAGCCGGACUCUUACAGCCGUUCACGACACCAUCUUGGAGGACCUGGUGUUCCCUGCCGAGAUCGUCGGCAAGAGGAUCCGGGUCAAGCUGGACGGAACCAAAAUCAUCAAGGUGCAACUGGACAAGAGUCAGCAGAUCCAGGUGGACUACAAGACGGACACCUUCAGCGCCGUGUACAAGAAGCUGACCGGCAAAGAUGUCCUCUUUGAAUUCCCCGAGUGGAAUCUGUAAGACUGGGGGUGCAAUGUUCAACGGGACACCAAUUCGCAUUGGGAGGGGGAGACAAUCUACAGCAGCACACCGCCUAGAGCCAGGACCCAUAGGGGGUCAAGGGGAUGGCGUAAAUUUUUCUUUGCAUUGCUAAAAUGCUGAUUGGAAAGUUCUAAUAAAAGUUGUUUAGUCUCGAGAGACAAA